AUGUGCGGCGGCGCCAGCGAGUUUUUCUUCGACCGGCACCCGGGGGUCUUCGCCUAUGUGCUCAACUACUACCGCACCGGCAAGCUGCACUGCCCCGCCGACGUCUGCGGGCCGCUCUUCGAGGAGGAGCUGGCCUUCUGGGGCAUCGACGAGACCGACGUGGAGCCCUGCUGCUGGAUGACCUACCGCCAGCACCGCGACGCCGAGGAGGCCCUCGACAUCUUCGAGGCGCCCGACCUGCUGACGGGCGAGCCGCCCCCCGACGGCGACGACGACGACCUGGCCGCCAAGAGGCUGGGCAUCGAGGACGUGGGGGCCACCGCCGAGGGCAAGGGCGGGGUGCAGGGACUCAAAAAAAGGCUGUGGGCUUUAUUUCAAACAUCCUACAACAAGAGGGCGCUGAGAUUCAUCGCCUUUGCCUCUUUAUUCUUCAUCCUAGUUUCUAUCACAACCUUUUGCCUGGAGACGCAUGAGGCUUUCAAUACUAUUAUAAACAAAACUGAGCAGGUCGUCAAUGGGACAGAAGCUGUGCUACAGUAUGAAAUUGAGACAGAUCCUGCCCUGACGUAUGUGGAAGGCGUCUGUGUGGUAUGGUUUACAUUUGAAUUUUUAGUACGCGUUAUUUUUUCCCCCAACAAACUUGAAUUCAUCAAAAACCUCUUGAAUAUCAUUGACUUUGUGGCCAUCCUGCCCUUUUACCUAGAAGUGGGCCUGAGCGGGCUCUCCUCCAAAGCUGCUAAGGACGUGCUUGGUUUCCUCAGGGUGGUAAGGUUCGUGAGGAUCCUGCGAAUCUUCAAGCUCACGCGGCACUUUGUCGGCCUCAGGGUGCUGGGCCACACUCUGCGAGCCAGCACCAACGAAUUUUUGUUGCUGAUCAUAUUCCUGGCACUGGGUGUUUUGAUAUUUGCCACCAUGAUCUACUACGCAGAACGGGUGGGAGCCCAGCCUAAUGACCCAUCAGCGAGUGAGCACACACAGUUCAAAAAUAUCCCUAUUGGCUUCUGGUGGGCUGUAGUCACCAUGACCACCCUGGGUUAUGGGGAUAUGUAUCCACGGACUUGGUCAGGCAUGCUGGUGGGAGCCCUCUGUGCACUGGCAGGUGUGCUCACCAUAGCCAUGCCCGUGCCUGUGAUAGUCAACAAUUUUGGGAUGUACUACUCCCUGGCCAUGGCAAAGCAGAAACUGCCAAGGAAGCGGAAGAAGCACAUCCCUCCUGCUCCUCAAGCCAGCUCGCCCACCUUCUGCAAGACAGACUUGAACAUGGCCUGCAAUAGCACACAGGGUGACAUCUGCCUGGGCAAGGACAACCAGCUGAUGGAGCACAACAGAUCAUCAGUGUUAUCAGGUGAAGACAGUGCAGGAAGUGAGCAGCCACUCUCACCUGGUGAAAGGCUCCCUCCCAUCAGACGCUCUAGCACAAGAGACAAAAACAGAAGAGGGGGAACAUGUUUCCUACUGACGACAGGUGAUUACACGUGUGCUACUGAUGGAGGGAUCAGGAAAGGCUAUGAAAAAUCUCGAAGCUUAAACAACAUAGCUGGCUUGACAGGCAAUGCUCUGCGACUGUCUCCAGUAACAUCACCCUACAGCUCACCUUGUCCUCUAAGGCGCUCGCGGUCUCCCAUCCCUUCCAUCUUGUAA